AUAUGAGUAUACCUCAUUAUACUGCGACCAUAACACCGUGUCACCUCCCAGUAACACGAGAAGAGACCCAGUGUUGAACAUCUCCACUUAGUACGGGGUGGGUGGAGGAGGAAUUGACGCCAUGUUUUAACUCAUGUCUACUCUCGCUGUUCAACACAAUACAAAUUGUCAUUUACAAUUGGAUUAAAAGAACAAGAAACCUCUGUUCUGUAAACUGACCACCGACGAUGGCAGAACCAGACGGUAUCACAGAGAGAGAUGGCAGCAGGCCUGACGACGGUAAUCAGACUCAAACAGUACUGUAUCGUCGAACAUCAGAUGAGACGGUCAUGGCAUCCAUGAGAGUCACUGAUCAGCUCAUACUAGACGGGGCAACAGCUUCUGAACAUGGUCGAACAGCAUCAGAACAAAAAAUUGGCCCGCCACAAAUCACUCAUCCAGGUGCGCACCCUGAUAGGUUGAACAUCACUGACGACACUGACAACGUGAUUGUUGCAACAGGGACCUCACACGGUGCUGUGGAAGAUAUUCCAGAUAUGGUCAGAGAGAAAAUGAAAUCUGCAAAAGACAUUUUUGUAAAAACAACAGCUUAUGAAAAUGUUUAUGAUGCUCUUGAAAACGUCGGACAUGUUCUCAUUUCUGGAUCACCUGGUUCAGGUAAAACAACAAUGGCACUUUACAUCAUGGGUAGAUACCGGAAAAAGAAAUACAAUGUGAAAUUUAUAGAUGAUGUUGCAGGUUUCAAAGUUGAACUUUAUGUUAAUCUGAAAGUUCCAACACUGCUUGUCUUAGAUGAUGUGUUUGGUCGCUUUGCUCCUACAUCUGAAGUGAAAGUUCGUUGUACAAAGAUAUUUGAUUAUUUGGAAACACAUUUCAAACGUUUGGAGGAAAAGAGAAGGAAAACACAAGAUGAGGAUAAAACUAAAGGUGAUGAGGCAUCUGGAACUCCUGAAAUAUCUCUUAAGAUUAUCAUGAGCAGCAGGACAAACAUUUGCAAGCAUCAAAUUGUCACUACUAUGUUAAACAAAUACAAAACAUCCUUGUUCAGACAAAGCACGAUAGCUGAGCUGAAAAUAUCUGAGCUGAAAGAACAUGAGAAAGAAUCGAUACUUCGAAAACAUUUGGUCAAAUCGAGAUUGGAUCUCACUGAACAUGACAUACACCAAUACACGAUUGGAAUAUAAGACACUGGGUUUUCCAUACAUCUGUCAGUUGUUUGCAGACAAUUGUUCGUCAAAGGCCGUUGCUGUGAAAUUCUUCAUGGAGCCCUGGGCAUAUCUGUAUGACUUGAUAAGCAACAUAUUCUCAUCUGAUGACCCAAACUACAGAGCUGCGGUGCUAAUGCUUAUGGUCCUCAAUGAUGGAACACUGAAUUUGAUUCAGCUCCAACAGGCUCGAC